AUGGCCUUCUUUGAGUUUGAUUUUGCACUUGCAGCUAAAUUCUUCACACCAGCUCAAAUCAAUGAGUUCAAGGAGUGCUUCUCCUUGUAUGACAAGAAGCAAAAGGGCAAGAUUCAGGCCAAAGACCUGAUCACAGUUAUGCGCUGCCUCGGCACGAGCCCCACGUUCGGCGAAAUCGAAAGACAUCUACAAGUUCAAAAAAUUGAAAAGAACGGUGAGCUGGACUUCUCUACGUUCCUGACCAUGAUGCACAGACAGAUGCAGCAGGAGGAUCCCAAGACGGAGAUCCUGGAGGCCCUGAGGAUGACGGACAAGCAGAAGAAAGGAUACAUCCAGGCCGCCGAGCUGCGAGCCAAACUCACCAAGUUAGGAGAGAAACUCACCGACAAAGAAGUGGACGAGCUCUUCAAAGAGGCAAACGUCAAGUCGAAUGGGAUUGUCAACUAUGAGGAGUUCACCCAGAUGGUGACGCUGCCACCGGUCGAUUACUGA